GAAAGUGAGAAACACAGAGACAGUGUGCAAUGGCUUCAAUGUCGGUGAUAACAUCACCUCAAUGGCUUACUACUAAAUCCAUAAGAACCCAAAUCCCUUCAGCUUCUCUCACUCUCUUAACAGGUUCAAGGAGAAGAAUUUCCAUCUCUCCCAAUGCAGCAAACAACCCCAAAGCUUGCUCUUCCCUGCUUCACUGCUCCUUUCUCCAUUCUUCCUCAUCUUCUCUCUCUUUCUCUUCUUCUUUUUCAGGUUAUCUUGGGAUGGAUUUUGGUUCAAAUAAUGGGCUAAGGGAUAAGAAAAGGCGAGUCCUGGUGGUUAGAGCUGGAAAGGCUGCCCUUUGUCAAACAAAGAGGAAUAGGUCUCGGAAAUCUUUGGCUCGAACUCAUGGAUUCCGUAGAAGAAUGAGAACCACUAGUGGGAGAGCUAUAUUGAAACGUAGACGUGCUAAGGGUCGGAAGGUCCUUUGCACCAAAUCCAAUCCAAACAGUGGGAAGCGCUAAGCUGUUUCUUUUGUUUCAGUGUGCAGUAAUCCAUGAAUGUGAUUUUUUUUUUUUUAAUGAUGUUUAAAGGAUAAUUUAGGCAAAACUUAGUCAUUGCCUCUUUUGUUGGUUCAAUUGUGCAAUAUUUGUUGAUUGAAAUUCACAUUUUAAUGGUUAUAUUCGACUAAUUGCUGUUGUCUAAUAGUUACUUGGUAGUACUGA